GAAAACCCUUGAACUAUAAGUAGGGUGCUUAGACAUUUCAAAUCAAUCCAGAUCAUCUUUCAAAUUACGAACACACAAAGUCUUACUGUUUUUUCCCGCCGUCGUGCAACUGUCGGCAAUAUGACCAUCACUAUCACCGUGGAGAAGGAUGGCUUCUAUGAGGUCAAUGGCAUGCGCCAUGAGCCCAGUGUCUCUCUUUAUGUCAUCCCUGCGGCAUCUAAGCUGCGUCGGAUGCUCAAGGACUCUAGGGAGCUCAUUGUCUGCCCCGGAGUCUAUGAUGGCCUGUCUGCUCGAAUUGCCAUGGAGCUCGGCUUCAAGGGCAUGUACAUGACUGGUGCAGGAACAACUGCUUCACGACUCGGAAUGGCGGACCUCGGUCUUGCCCAGCUUCAUGACAUGCGAACCAACGCAGAGAUGAUUGCCAACCUUGACCCCUUUGGUCCUCCCCUCAUUGCAGACAUGGAUACCGGUUAUGGAGGACCUCUGAUGGUGUCCAAGUCCGUUCAGCAAUACAUUCAGGCUGGCGUGGCUGGAUUCCACAUUGAGGAUCAGAUCCAGAACAAACGCUGUGGCCACCUUGCCGGCAAGAAGGUGGUGGGCCGAGAAGAGUACUUCACUCGUAUUCGUGCAGCCAAGCUUACCAAAGAUCGCCUGCACUCGGAUAUCGUCCUCAUCGCACGAACUGAUGCCCUUCAACAACAUGGCUACGAGGAAUGCAUUGCCCGCCUGAAAGCGGCGAGAGACAUUGGUGCUGACGUGGGUCUUUUGGAAGGUUUCACAUCAAAGGAACAGGCCCGCCAGGCAGUUCAAGACCUUGCACCUUGGCCCCUUCUCCUCAAUAUGGUAGAAAACGGUGCCACCCCCGUUAUUACCACCAAGGAGGCGGAAGAGAUGGGAUUCCGAAUCAUGAUUUUCUCAUUUGCUUCUAUUGCCCCGGCCUACCUGGGUAUUCGUUCUGCCUUGGAGCGUCUCAAGAUCGAAGGGGUUGUCGGUACUCCUGAGGGUCUUAGUCCUCGUAAGUUGUUUGAGGUCUGUGGACUUAUGGAAUCUAUGAAGGUGGAUACAGAGGCAGGGGGUGAUGGUUUUGUGGAUGGUGUUUAGUAAAUACUUAGCAAUUUCUCAUAGGAUUCAUUUCUUUGCCACUUUUUUCUAUAUCUAAAUAGAACCAAGUUAUUCAUAAAGCUACCUUGGCCAUUGAAAACAUUUUUGCUUUCAACUUAAAGAGCAAGACUGGCAAAGUCCUCGGG